AUGAGUUCUAGUUCGUCGACAUGCACGGUAUUGACGCAACCGCAGCAAGUUUUCUUGUCUUCACCUUCACAGCCGACAGAUUUGCAUCAACAUUAUUCUCAAGAAAUUGCCAAUACUAACGAUGUCGAUGUGAUUAGCUUGAAAAAUUUGACAGGGCAAGAUGAUUUAACAGAAUCGCAGUAUGAGCCAGCGUUAAACAACUCUGAUGCAAAUACAUCAAAUAUUAUGCAUCGACGACAUGGGGCCACUAAAUCACCACCAUCAUCAUCGUCGCAGUCAUCAUUGCAUUUAAUGUACGGUAGUGAAAAUGACCCCGACAAUUUUCCCGAAGGUGGAAAAGAUGCUUACCUCGUUAUGCUUGGGUCAUUUAUUGGACUAAUUGCUGAUUUCGGGAUUCCUAACUCCUUAGGAGCUAUUGAGUCUUAUAUUUCCAAAAAUCAAUUAAAAGAUAUCUCAAACGCACAAGUAGGGUGGGUUUUCUCACUCAAUUUGAGUGUAAUGUGGCUUGGUGGUGUAUUUUUUGGCGAGUUGUUUGAUAAAUAUGGCGCAAGAAAGCCAUUGUUGGCAGGAACAAUACUUAUGUGUCUUGGGUUAGUUUUAACUGCAGAAUGCACAAAGUUGUACCAGUUCAUAUUGAGUUUCUCCAUUUUGACUGCUUUGGGGACUUCCAUUGCAAUGUCUCCAUUGAUAGGAGUGUUGAGUCAUUGGUUCUUGAGAAGGCGAGCUUUGGCUUGCUCUAUUGCAACUGUUGGUGGCUUGAUUGGUGCUUCUUGUUUCACAAUUAUGUUGCAGCAGUUAUAUGGCAAAAUUGGUUACAAGAAUGCCAUUAGAGUUUUGGCAUGUAUUUGUUUUGCGUGUAUGAGUGUUCUGAUUGUUUUAGUCAAGAGUAGGAAAAAAGAAGAGCCAGCUGCAGGGAUGAUAGAAAGGACUAUUAUAGAAGUUGACGCAUCGGUUGAUUUGGAAAAUGAGGCAACUGUGUCAACAAAAUUGAAACAUUAUUUUAGGGGGGUUUUUGACAUUACGGUUUUGAAAGACAUGAAGUUUGUAUACUUGGCGGUAGCUGUAUCAUUAGCUGAAAUUGUAUCUGUUACCACGUUGACUUAUCUUGGCUCCUAUGCAUUAGCAUUUGAUGUCAAUGAGACUUCUUCGUAUUUGUUAUUGACCAUAGUCAAUGUUUGCGGUAUACCAUCACGUUUAUUAUCGGGGGUGAUUGCUGAUAAAUACGGACGGUUCAACGUUAUGCUUGGAACGUCUAUAUUAACAACGAUUUUUAUUUUCGCAUUGUGGUACCCUGGAAAACACAUAUUGCUUCUAUAUGUGUUUGGAGUCUUUUUUGGAAUAUCAACAUCUGCAGUUUUAGCAUUGAUCCCAGCAUGUGCUGGACAAAUAUGUUCUUCAGAAUCUUUUGGGAAAGUUUAUGGCAACAUUUACUUUAUUCUUGGAGUGUUGAAUUUAUUGGGGAUGUAUUUUGCAUCCUUGAUCAUAUCCAAUGGUUCGCAAAAGAGUUAUAGUCAAUUUGUUUUAUUUGAAGGUGGCUUAAGUGCUGCAUCCAUAAUUGCAUGGCUUUUUGCCAGAUCAAUCGCCGUAGGUUGGAAGUGGUGUAAAUUCUAA